CGGGAACGCGGUAGCCUUCUAGGAGGAGACCGAGUGCGCCUGCGCACUUGCUAGAUCGUGCGGCCACUGGAGCCUUAAGAUGAAGCGUGUUUUCUCACUGCUAGAAAAGACUUGGCUUGGCACACCAAUACAGUUUACCUGGCAAAAAACAUCAGGAAACUACCUUGCAGUAACAGGAGCUGAUCAUAUUGUGAAAAUCUUUGAUCGCCAUGGUCAAAAAAGAAGUGAAAUUAACUUACCUGGUAACUGUGUUGCGAUGGAUUGGGAUAAAGAUGGAGAUAUCCUAGCAGUGAUUGCUGAGAAAUCUAGUUGCAUUUAUCUAUGGGAUGCCAACACAAAUAAAACUAGCCAGUUAGACAGUGGCAUGAGGGAUCAAAUGUCUUUCCUUCUUUGGUCAAAAGUUGGAAGUUCCCUGGCUGUUGGAACUGUUAAAGGAAAUUUGCUUAUUUAUAAUCGUCAGACAUCUCGAAAGAUUCCUGUCCUUGGAAAACAUACUAAGAGAAUCACAUGUGGAUGUUGGAAUGCAGAAAAUCUGCUUGCUUUAGGUGGUGAAGAUAAAAUGAUUACAGUUAGUAAUCAGGAAGGUGACACGAUAAGACAGACUCCAGUGAGAUCCGAGCCCAGCAACAUGCAGUUUUCCAUGAUGAAGACUGAUGACCGAACCUCUGCUGCUGAAAGCACAAUAAGUGUAGUGGUUGGCAAGAAAACUUUGUUUCUUUUUAAUCUGAAUGAACCAGAUAGCCCAGUUGAUCUGGAAUUUCAGCAGCGCUAUGGCAACAUUGUCUGCUAUAGCUGGUAUGGUGAUGGCUACAUCAUGGUUGGUUUUUCGCGUGGAAUUUUUGUGGUCAUUUCCACUCAUAUUCGAGAGAUUGGUCAAGAGAUAUUUCAGGCUCGUGACCAUAAAGAUAGUCUAACAAGUAUUGCAGUAUCACAGACCCUUAACAAAGCUGCUACAUGUGGCGAUAACUGCAUUAAAAUCCAUGACUUGGCAGAAUUAAAAGACAUGUAUGCUAUAAUUAACCUGGAUGAUGAAAAUAAAGGGUUGGGCACCUUGUCCUGGACAGAUGAUGGCCAGUUGCUGGCAUUGUCAACCCAAAGGGGCUCACUCCAUGUUUUCCUGACCAAGCUUCCAAUACUCGGGGAUGCCUGCAGCACAAGGAUUGCAUACCUCACCUCCCUCCUUGAAGUCACCGUAGCCAACCCUGUUGAAGGAGAGCUACCAAUCACAGUUUCUGUUGACGUGGAACCCAACUUUGUAGCAGUAGGACUUUAUCAUCUGGCUGUGGGAAUGAAUAACCGAGCUUGGUUUUAUGUCCUUGGAGAGAAUGGCGUGAAAAAAUUGAAAGAUGUGGAAUAUCUAGGGACAGUAGCCAGUGUUUGCCUUCAUUCUGACUAUGCUGCUGCUCUUUUUGAAGGCAAAGUCCAGUUACAUUUGAUAGAAAGUGAAAUCUUGGAUGCUCAAGAAGAACGUGAGACUCGACUUUUCCCAGCAGUGGAUGAUAAGUGCCGUAUUCUGUGUCAUGCCUUAACUAGUGAUUUCCUCAUCUAUGGUACAGAUACUGGUGUCAUUCAGUAUUUCUACAUUGAAGAUUGGCAGUUCGUUAAUGAUUAUCGACAUCCUGUCAGUGUGAAGAAGAUUUUUCCUGACCCAAAUGGGACCAGAUUAGUUUUCAUUGAUGAAAAAAGUGAUGGAUUUGUCUACUGUCCAGUUAAUGAUGCUACCUAUGAGAUUCCAGACUUUUCACCCACCAUUAAAGGCGUUCUUUGGGAAAACUGGCCAAUGGAUAAAGGUGUAUUUAUUGCUUAUGAUGAUGAUAAAGUGUACACGUAUGUCUUUCACAAGGACACUAUACAAGGAUCCAAGGUCAUUUUGGCUGGUGGCACCAAAGUUCCCUUCUCUCAUAAACCUUUGCUGUUAUAUAAUGGAGAAUUGACCUGCCAGACACAGAGUGGAAAAAUAAACAACAUCUACCUUAGCACCCACAGCUUCCUCAACAGUUUGAAAGAUGUGGGGCCUAAUGAACUGAGACAAAUGCUGACGCAGACUUUAAUGCUAAAAAGGUUUUCCGAUGCUUGGGAAAUGUGCAAGAUUCUGAAGGAUCAUGCUGCCUGGAAUGAGUUGGCCAGAGCUUGUCUACAUCACAUGGAAGUGGACUUUGCAAUCCGCGUUUAUCGGACAAUUGGAAAUGUUGGCAUAGUGAUGUCCUUGGAACAAAUAAAGGGAAUAGAGGACUACAGUCUUUUGGCAGGACAUCUUGCCAUGUUUACUAAUGAUUUCAACCUGGCCCAGGACCUGUACCUUGCAUCCAGCUGUCCUGUUGCUGCCCUGAAGAUGAGAAGGGAUUUGCAGCAUUGGGACAGUGCUCUACAACUGGCAAAGCGUUUAGCCCCAGACCAAAUACCAUUUAUAUCAAAAGAAUAUGCUAUUCAGCUUGAAUUCACGGGUGAUUAUGUAAAUGCUUUGGCUCAUUAUGAGAAAGGAAUAACAGGUGAUAAUAAGGAACAUGAUGCUGUGUGUCUGGCUGGAGUGGCCCAGAUGUCCAUAAGAAUGGGAGACAUACGCCGAGGGGUUAGCCAAGCCCUCGAACAUCCCAGCAGGGUCCUCAAGAGAGACUGUGGAGCUAUACUGGAGAACAUGAAGCAAUUUUCAGAAGCAGCCCAACUGUAUGAAAAAGGUCUCUAUUAUGACAAAGCAGCGUCUGUUUACAUCCGCUGUAAGAACUGGGCAAAAGUUGGUGAGCUUCUGCCUCACGUUUCUUCUCCAAAGAUCCACUUGCAGUAUGCCAAAGCGAAGGAAGCAGAUGGAAGAUAUAAAGACGCUGUUGUGGCUUAUGAGAAUGCAAAACAAUGGAACAGUGUAAUCCGCAUCUAUCUGGAUCAUCUCAACAAUCCCGAAAAGGCCGUCAGUAUUGUCAGAGAGACCCAGUCUCUGGAUGGAGCCAAAAUGGUAGCCAGGUUUUUUCUACAGUUAGGUGACUAUGGGUCUGCCAUCCAGUUUCUCGUUAUGUCCAAAUGUAAUAAUGAAGCUUUCACACUGGCUCAGCAACACAACAAGAUGGAAAUAUAUGCAGACAUUAUUGGUUCUGAAGACACUACUAAUGAAGACUAUCAAAGCAUUGCCUUAUAUUUUGAAGGAGAAAAAAGACAUUUUCAAGCUGGAAAAUUCUUCUUGCUGUGUGGCCAAUAUUCACGAGCACUUAAACACUUCCUGAAAUGUCCAAGCUCAGAAGAUAAUGCGGCGAUAGAAAUGGCAAUUGAAACUGUUGGUCAGGCCAAAGAUGAACUACUGACCAAUCAACUGAUAGGCCACCUUAUGGGAGAGAAUGAUGGCAUGCCUAAGGAUGCCAAGUACCUGUUCCGUUUGUACAUGGCCCUGAAGCGAUACCGAGAAGCAGCCCGGACUGCCAUUAUAAUUGCCAGAGAAGAGCAGUGUGCAGGAAACUAUCGGAAUGCACAUGACGUUCUCUUCAGUAUGUAUGCAGAGCUUAAAUCCCAGAAGAUCAAAAUUCCUGCUGAGAUGGCCACCAACCUCAUGAUUCUGCACAGUUAUAUACUAGUGAAGAUUCAUGUGAAAAAUGGAGAUCAUAUGAAAGGGGCACGUAUGCUUAUUCGGGUGGCAAACAACAUUAGCAAAUUUCCGUCACACGUUGUGCCGAUCCUGACGUCCGCCGUGAUCGAGUGUCACAGGGCGGGCCUGAAGAGCUCCGCUUUCAGCUUUGCAGCUCUGUUGGUGAGGCCCGAGUACCGCAGCAAGAUAGACGCCAGAUACAGAAAGAAGAUCGAGGCGAUGGUCAGGAGACCCGAUACAUCCGAGACAGAAGAGGCCACAACCCCAUGUCCAUUCUGCGAAUUUCUUCUCCCAGAGUGUGAACUCCUCUGUCCUGAAUGUAAAAAUAACAUCCCAUAUUGCAUUGCAACAGGUCGACAUAUGUUGAAGGAUGAUUGGACGGUGUGUCCACAUUGCGACUUCCCUGCUCUAUACUCAGAAUUUAAGAUCAUGUUAAACACUGAAAGCACGUGUCCUAUGUGUUCAGAAAGAUUAAACUUUGCUCAACUGAAAAAAAUCUCGGACUGUACCCAGUACCUGCGAACAGAGGUGGAGCAGUGAGUGGCAUGAGCCGGUAUAACGUUCCUGAGAAGAUAGCAUUUUUCAACAGGAGGCUGUGUUUCUACCCCUGGUGGAUUUAGAGAUGGUCCUGCCUGGAUACAGAAAAAAAAACCAAAGGUGACCUCUCCAGGUCACCACUUUCAACUUCUGUAGAGUGGCAAAACAGUGACGUGUAACACUGCUGUUUAUUAUACUUUGUAUAUUUUCUCUUCAAAGUCUUACAUAUUAUAUACUUUGCACUGUUAAUAGUAACCUUUGACAUAAUUGUAAAUAUUCAGCUUUUUGAUAACUUUUAUAUUUUGAAUUAUCUCCUUUAAAAUAAAAUUGUUGACUAGAUAUUUGUAAUGUUUUCCUGGAUUUGGAGACAGAAAAAGAGAUGAAGGUAGCUUUGAAGCACAUUAUGAAGUUUGAGCAGCACUAACAAGUGUUAAGUUUGAAAUGAGAGGUUUAUACAAAUUAAGCCUAUUUAGCAGAAUUAGUCCUAGA